GACAAAAAUACGGACUAGAAUCGCGUACUCCCGAAGCGCUCUCCUCAGUCCCCGACUCUUCUCCCGUCUUGUCUUCUCUUUUCUUCCUAGUUUUCCUAGAAACCUUUUUUCCUUUUCUUUUUUUUGUUUCAAAUCCGUACAACCAGAAAAUGGCCACCGAGAAAUCGGUUAUGGCGGUGAUCAGAGCCGCGAGACCAUCCUUCCGCAACAAAUAUGACAAGGUCGCUUUCGUCGUUCACGCCUCUUUCCUAGCUUCCGGUUACGUCCUCACCGCCGCCGGACGCCAAGCCUUUUCCGACUCCGCACUGUCCUCAUCGUCCACAGAUGAGGUCGGAAUCGAUGGCUGGAAUGAGGUAGAUGGCGAGUACGCAUUCGUCUACGCAAACCCUGAGAAAAAUUUCAAGAAAGUGCUGGUCAAGUGUCUGGUAAUGAACGAUAAGCUUCUCGUUGAUGCUUUAGCCGAUGGGGGCUCUGAGCCCCUCCAUUACGAAAUUAACGUUGGCGAUUGUGUUGAAGAGGAUGGUGACGGUAAUUACUCCACACAGUUCAAGAAUUUGGAUAAACUGGUGAAGCGUCUAGAGUCGGAGAUUUUGUCUAAAUUAGACGGUUCUUCGAAACAUAGCUCCACUACAAAUCUUAGAAGUUCCGAAACUAGUGAAGGAACAAGAACAUAUGUAACCGAGCAUGGUGCUAGAGUUCCUGAAUCUUCAGGUGUUCCAAUACAUCCUUCAGGAGUUUUAUAUCCUCCUGUUAAUCCUGUUGGUGGUAGUGAUCUUUUUCCUGGGCCUGGUGCUGGAAUGUAUGGACCCAGGGGUGAUUUUGGCAGUGGGAGCAUGCUUCUAGGACCUAACGACCCUCGUUGGUACGGUGGAGUUGGAGAGCCUGGCUUCCCUGGGGCACAACCGGGUGUACCUCCAGGUGCUCGUUUUGAUCCCUAUGGCCCGCCUGGUGUUCCUGGCUUUGAGCCUGGUCGAUUUGCAAGGGGUCCGAGGAGGCCAGGGAGUGGAACUCAUCCGGACCUAGAACAUUUUGGUAGCGGCUCAGAUUUCAUUUAAAGAUGACUUACCGGUCAGCACUCUGCAGUGUUCUUUUCAGAGGAAAUAUGAAACAUACAACCAUAUUAAGUAGCAGCACGAGUUCCCUUCUUUUUUGGACUUGCUCAUGGGGUUACACUGUGAUGUUACACUUCUAACUAACCAUAAUUUUUUUUUUUUUGGUUAUUAUUAUGAUUUUUUAUUUCUUGCUUUUCUGGAGAACAGAGUUCUUGUUUAACAUACCUUAUUUUGGCUUGUUUGUAUCUAUAUCUAUGUAUAUACACACUGUAUUCCCCCCUUGUUGAUGGGUGCAGAACGACGUCAAUUUAAUCCUCAGUGAAGCUGCCUGCGUGCAUUCUAAAUAGCCAAUUUAGUCCAUAGGAUCAAGUAAUUUCAAGAUACAAAUGUGUAUAUAUAAGGGUU